AUGACGAAAGGGUUAACAGAUAACGCUUCGUCAUCAGCAGUAUCUAAACAAGAAGAAUUGAUUCGUCAAUUAUGGUUAAAUACGGAUUGUGUUUGUUUUGAUGUUGAUUCAACAGUAUGUGUUGAAGAAGCUAUUGAUGAAUUAGCUAAAUUUCAACAAGUUGGUCCAUUAGUUGAAGCUAUAACACGAAAUGCUAUGGGUGGUAAUAUGAGUUUUCGCAAAGCAUUACAAGCACGUCUUAAUCUUAUUCAACCAACACAUCAACGUUUAGAACAAUUUCUGAUAAAUCAUCCAUCACAAUUAACUGAUGGAAUCGUUGAACUUAUUAAUUUAUUACACGAACGUCAAAUACCUGUUUAUUUAAUAACCGGUGGUUUUCAUUCGAUUGUUGAUCCUGUUGCUAAAUGUUUAAAUAUUCCAUUAACCAAUGUAUUUGCUAAUCAAUUGUUAUUUAAUAAUGAUGGUUCAUAUGCUGGUUUUGAUGAAAAUGAAAUGACAUCAGAUUCUGGUGGUAAAGGAUAUGUUAUUGAAUAUCUUAAAAAUAAAUAUAAUUAUAAACGUUUAAUAAUGAUUGGUGAUGGUGCAACUGAUAUGGAAGCCAAUGCUGAUGGUUUUAUUGGUUUUGGUGGAAAUGUUAUUCGUGAAAAAGUACGUGAUAAUGCACCAUGGUUUAUAAAUUCCUUUUAUCAACUUAUUGAUGAACUUCAAAAUAAUACAAUUGAUUCUAUACCACAAACAAAUUCACAUCAUCAACAUGUAACGACAAGAAGAUAUUCAACUGAAGUCGAAGCUAAUUAA